UCCCAAAUGGCCACCAACACCACUCUGGAAGAAAACGUUUAUGGAGAAUAUGAGGACUACUCCGAUUUUGAAAACAACCUGCCUCUCCGCGACUCCAUGCGCCUGCUCUCCAUGGUGGUCUACAGCAUUGCCUUUGUACUGGGGGUGUUUGGAAAUGGCCUGGUCAUCUUCGUCACUGGCUUCCGCAUGAAGAGAAGCGUCAACACCAUCUGGUUCCUCAACUUGGCCAUCGCCGACUUUGUCUUCACUUUCUUCCUGCCACUGAGUGUGGCCCACAUGGGCCUGGGCUUCCACUGGCCCUUUGGAAAGGCCCUAUGCAAGCUUAACAGCACAGUGGCCUUCUUCAACAUGUUUGCCAGUGUCUUCCUGCUCACGAUUAUCAGCAUGGACCGCUGUAUCUCGGUGGCGCGUCCGGUCUGGGCCCAGAACUGCCGAACGCCGCGGCUGGCUUCUCUAGUAGCGUUGGGCAUCUGGGUAGCGGCCCUUUUGCUCAGCAUCCCCUACCUCGUGUUCCGUGACACCAGGAGCUCGCCCACUGAUGAGAAUAUCACGCACUGCUACAACAAUUUUGCCUUGUCCGUUGAUUUACCGUCAGAGGAAGUCGGCAAGCUGGAAGAAUAUCGCCACCAAGCCAUGGUGUUGACCCGUUUUGUGGCUGGCUUCCUGGUCCCGUUCUCCAUCAUUUUGAUAUGUUACGGCAUCAUCGCAGCCAGGCUGAAGGGAAACCGGCUCACUCGCUCUGACAGGCCUUUCAAGAUCAUGGUGGCUGUGGUCUUGGCAUUCUUUGUUUGCUGGUUCCCGUACCACGUCUUCUCCUUCCUCGAGAUGUCGUUGGCCACCGUAACGCCCUGGCAACAGACAGUGCUGGUGGUGGGAACACCCUUGGCUUCAGGGUUGGCCUAUCUCAACAGCUGCCUGAACCCUUUCUUGUACGUCUUUGUGGGGCAGGAUUUCAGACAGAAGUUGCGGAUGUCCGUGCUCGCAGCUUUCGAGAGUGCCUUCAGCGAGCCCUCAGUGCAGGCUUCCUUGCCCUUCACUAAGAGCAAAUCUAGCUCGGGUGUUGACCAUCACGAGGUCUAGAUGGCCAGAGUCUGGACCAAGAUUCUUGAGAGAAAGAGAAUGGGAUAGAGAUUUUUUAAAGAUCUCACAAGGGAGGGGAAUGUAUUCUAGAAUCUUCUGAACAGCCAUUAUCCUAGCAUCCCUCUCUGUGUAUGUGCAUGAAAUAAUCUCUUGA